AUGCCGCGCAUCUUCCCCUUCCUCUGCUCCUGCGAGGACGAGCACGGGGUGCUGGACGAGGGCAUUGCGCGCUGCCAGCUCGCCAGCGAUUUCCUCAUAGCCCUCGCCUACUUCUCCAUACCCUUGGAGCUAGUCUAUUUCUUCCUGCGAGCCAAGGUCUUCCCCCACCGCUGGGUAUUGCUGCAGUUUGGCCUCUUCAUCGUGCUCUGCGGUCUGACCCAUCUGGUCAACAUGUGGACGUACGGCCCUCACCCCAGCGCAGUGGCACUGCUGCAAACAGUGCUCAAAGUGCUCUGUGCGGCUGUCUCCUGUGCCACGGCCUUCCUGCUCAUCACCAUCAUCCCUGCUCUGCUCAACGUCAAGGUCCGAGAGUUGUUCCUGCAGCAUAAAGCAGCCCAGCUUGACAGAGAGAUGGACGUGAUGAGGCGCAAGGAGGAGGUGGGGCGGCACGUGCGCAUGCUGACAUACGAGAUCAGGCAGUCACUGGACCGCCACACCCUCCUCAACACCAUUCUCGUGUGGCCCAUGUGGAGUAGAGAUGGACGUGAUGAGGCGCAAGGAGGAGGUGGGGCGGCACGUGCGCAUGCUGACAUACGAGAUCAGGCAGUCACUGGACCGCCACACCCUCCUCAACACCAUUCUCGUGUGGCCCAUGUGGAGUGUAUGCCUCGGAUUUCUCACAUUCAUUCCCCCACGCAUUCCCCCACGCGCUCCCCCACUCCCUGCCAGGUCCGAGAGUUGUUCCUGCAGCAUAAAGCAGCCCAGCUUGACAGAGAGAUGGACGUGAUGAGGCGCAAGGAGGAGGUGGGGCGGCACGUGCGCAUGCUGACAUACGAGAUCAGGCAGUCACUGGACCGCCACACCCUCCUCAACACCAUUCUCGUGUGGCCCAUGUGGAGUAGAGAUGGACGUGAUGAGGCGCAAGGAGGAGGUGGGGCGGCACGUGCGCAUGCUGACAUACGAGAUCAGGCAGUCACUGGACCGCCACACCCUCCUCAACACCAUUCUCGUGUGGCCCAUGUGGAGUGUAUGCCUCGGAUUUCUCACAUUCAUUCCCCCACGCAUUCCCCCACGCGCUCCCCCACUCCCUGCCAGGUCCGAGAGUUGUUCCUGCAGCAUAAAGCAGCCCAGCUUGACAGAGAGAUGGACGUGAUGAGGCGCAAGGAGGAGGUGGGGCGGCACGUGCGCAUGCUGACAUACGAGAUCAGGCAGUCACUGGACCGCCACACCCUCCUCAACACCACCCUGGUGGAGCUCGCCCAGGCGCUCAUGCUGGAGAACUGCACCAUCUGGAUGCCGCACCCUUCCGGCUCCUAUUUGGAACCAAGUGGCGUGGCAGUGGCUCUCUCACAUGCAGCAGUGCUGGAGGAGACGCAGCGGCGAAGGGACGAGUUGGAGGAGAAGAACCGAACGCUGCAGGCAGCGCGGCAGAGAGCAGAGGUGGCAGUGAUGGCAAGAAACGACUUCCUGGCCGUGAUGAAUCACGAGAUGCGCACUCCGCUGCACUCCAUCACCGCUCUCGCCUCCAUUCUCAAUGAGGAGGACCUCACACCAGAGCAAGCACCCAUGGUGGCGACUGUGCUGCGCAGUGCGUCCCUGCUCACUUCCCUCAUCACUGACGUGCUCGACUUCAGCCGACAGGAGGAGAGUCUGCAUCUGGAGAAGCGACCCUUUGACCUGCAUAAGCUGUGCCGAGAAGCCGGCAAGCUGGCGUGGCCGCUGGUGCGGUCCAAGGGGCUGCGGUUCUCACUGGAGGUGGCGGGUGUGGUGCCGCGAUACGUGGUGGGCGAUGAGAAGAGGCUGCUGCGGCUCAUGCUGCACCUCAUUGGGCGAGCUGUGAAGAAGACUGACGAGGGCUUUGUGUCCGUGCGGGUAUCAGUGGACGAUGGGAGGACCCCCCGCCCCCACUCCUCCCAGUCCUCCUCCACUGCCGGUGAUGGCCCUGCCAGUUCUUCCCUCCCUGCUGCUGCUGCUGCAGCUGCCGCGGCAGGCGAGAAUUCGCUUGGCCUCCAGCCACACACUCCAUGGGAGUUGCUGCUGGGCCAAGACCUGGUGAACAUCCGUGUAGAUAUCAAGGACUCUGGCACGGUUUCGUCGAUGGAUUCUUAUGUACAGGAGCUUGAAGGAGUGCAUGUGCUGCUAGUGGAGGACAACGUGGCGAAUCGCAUCGCGACACAUCAGAUGCUGCUGACGCUGCGGUGCCACGUCAGCAGUGUGGGCAGUGCGCAGGAGUGCCAGAUGGAGCUGACCACGCGCAAGAGCCCCGCAAUCCCGCCGGUGGAUGUCGUGCUGCUGGAUGUCUGCAUGCCCGAUGUCGACGGCUUUGAGGUCGCCCGCCGCAUCCACUCCCUCUUCCGGUAG